AUGUGGCAUGUGAUCACCGCCGUGUCCGCCCAGGGUGGGGAGGGAGAGGACGCUUCCGAGUCGGUCGCGGUGCUGGCGGCAGCCAGCGGCGACGCCAGCUGGCUGGCCGCGGCGCUCGAGGCCGCCGGCCUGUCGGAUGAGCUGGCGGAGGGCUUUGUGGGCACGGUGUUUGUACCCACCGACGAGGCCUUUGGCAAGCUGGCCGAGCAGCUGGGGCUGAGCGAGGAGGAGGUGCUGGCUGACACAGAGCUGCUUGCCCAGGUGCUGCCCUACCACGUGGUUCCCGGGCAGGCGCUCACCGCUGGCGACCUGGAGGACGGCGAGAUCUUGCAGACCCAGCUGGGGGGGCAGGCGGGCGAGCUCAAGUACACGGAGGUCAAUGGCAACCCGCACCUGGGCACCACCUCGGGGCAGCGGGCCAAGGUUGUGAAGGCCGACCUGCAGGCCGGCUUCGCGGUGGUGCACCUCGUGGACAAGGUGCUGGUUCCGGGCGCCGAGUUUUUCGAGGGCGGCGACUUCUCCAUCGCUGAGGCGCCCGCUCCAGCGCCAGAACCCGUUCCGGAGCCCUCCCCCUCGCCGCCGCCGUCUCCGGUGCUGUCGCCGCCGCCGCCCUCGCCGCUGCCGCCCCGGCCGCCCCUCCCCGUCGUGCUGUGCAUGCACGUGGUGGAAGCCGGGGAGUUCCUUUCCUCCCUGGCAGAGACCUACGCCACCACCAACGACGCCCUGCUGGCCAUCAACCCCCAGAUCACCAAGCCCGACUCCAUCCCCCUGGGCUCGACCAUCAAUGUGCCCUGCAAGAAGGCCUGA